GAAAGAUAAGGUGAGCGUUGACUAGGACAAAUACUUUUGUACUAAAGCAGGUCAUGGGGAAGAUGGAGAAGAUACGCAUUUGUUUUUAAAAUGUUUUAUUACAUGUUAUUCUUAGGACACCUGCUACGGUCUGCACGUUUUUUCUAUUCCGUAUUUGAUUUCCCUUAUGAACGCUGCUAUUAUUUCCAAUUUCCCCCCUCUCUUUUUUUGCCAUCCAUGCUAACCCGCUCUCAGUCGCACUCCGAAACACGCACGCUCACGUACAGCCUCUGCCGCGCGCUCACACACUCGAUCGCUUGCUCUGCUGCUCUCCUGCCUCCCCCCUCACUCACACAUACACUCACACACACACCCCUUUCAUAAGGUGCUGGCAGCAGCAGUGUUAGCAGCAGCAGCAGCAGCGACGGCAUCAGCAUUGAAAGAGGAGGGAGCAUCGGAGACAAGAUGUAGUCGCGUGAAUGAGCGUGUAGCCUCGCAGCCGCCGUCCUCCUUCACUGUGGAAUUACGGAACAAAAGAGGAGGACCUUUCUUCCGCAUCUGCAGUUUCCAUUUUUCCACCUUCCCCCUUGUCGCGGUUUUUCUGCCCUCCCCUCGUGCGUGGCGUCGUUUUCGACGGAGGCUAGUGGCAGAGCUGGAGAGGAGGGAGGCUGACACGGGCUUGUCUGCGGACUGAGAUCACCAAAGCUUCGAGGUCACCUCAGAGGCCGUUCUCUCCUUUCUUAUUUUUUUCCCUCCCCCUUUGCGUUUUCUCUUUCCCUGGCAGGCCUUUUGUUUUUCAGCGGACUUGUCCGAGGGGCUGCCGCCGCCGUGCUGAAUUGGGCUAUUGUUGGACAGGCAGGCCUCUCUCUCUCUCUCUCACGCUCCCUCCCUCCCUCUCUCCCUCCACAAUACCCUAUCCUCCCUCCCUUCCUUCACCGCUCCAUCCUUUCAUCGCAAUGCACCUUGCUUAAAGUCAUAUGUGUGUUUGUCGGUACGCAGGCACUGUCCGGAAUUGUCUUCACGCUGCUACUCGCUCUUCUCGCCCCAUUCCCACCCCGCCGUCCCCCUCUUCUCCCAUCCCCGCAGUGCCUGGCGACGUAAUGUGCCCUUCGUGGCACAUGAAUCCGGAUGUUUGGCAGGGGGUCGGCGGGAUUUGUUCCAGCCAAGGGUGAUGCCUCAAAGGACAGCCCAGCCCAGCACUCCCACGCCCACCUCCAGCCAGCCUGCCCGUCACUGAGCACGCCCGCCUGCGCCACCACGUGUCACCCCCGGUUCGCGUGCGUACGUGCGCGUAUGUGUGUAUAUGCGUACGCACGUGUGCAUGUGCGAGAGCGCCCUUACCAUGACUCUGGCCUGAUACCUGGACUGGGGUGUCCCCUGCCAAUGUGGGGGAGGGACUGAACCUCAGGUUACUCCCCACCCCCUCCCUCCCCUUACCCCCUUCCCUCUCUCCUCCCUUCCCCCCUCCACGGGUAACCUGCCAGCAUGAAGAAGACCCGCAGCACCAACCUCAGGCGGGCCUGGCCCAGCUCGGAUCUACCGGAGCGGGCCUUGGAGCGCAUCCGUUCUCGCAGUGAGAAGGACUACCACCACCAUAAGCACUUUCCACCGCCCCCUCCUCCGACCCACAUCUCCCCUUCUCCGCGGGGCUACAUGACACCAGGCGAUGUAUCUCCGAUCAGUAUGUCACCCAUCAGUCAAUCUCAGUUCAUCCCACUGGGAGAGAUUCUGUGUCUGGCCAUCUCAGCCAUGAACUCUGCCCGCAAGCCUGUCACACAAGAUGCGCUGAUGGAGCACCUUGCCACUUGCUUCCCAGGUGUACCCACUCCAAGUCCAGAGAUCCUGCGGCACACGCUGAACAUGUUGGUACGGGAGAGAAAGAUCUACCCCACACCAGAAGGUUACUUCAUUGUUACUCCACAGACAUACUUCAUCACCCCCUCCCUCAUCCGCACCAACAGCAAGUGGUACCACCUGGACGAGCGGCAUCCAGAGCGACAGCAGCAGCAGCAACAACAACAGCAGCAGCAACAACAACAACAGCAGCAGCAGCAGCAGCCACCACCUCAACAGCAAUGCACAUCGCCACAAUCUGGAACCAUCACUCCCUCCACCUCUGGCUGCGUACGAGAAAGGCCUAACCCUAAGAACCACUGCGACUCCUAUAAUGCCUACCGCGAUGAGGUUCCCAGCAUUCAUACCUCUACAAUUCAAAGAAAAUCCCCAAAAGAACCCAAAGGAGAUCCCCCUUCAUACCCACAGCCCCCACCCCCACCACCUGCCAUUCAGCACCCACCUGACCCCACCGACAAGAGCAAGAGCAUGACCGCCACCUUCUCUUACAAGACAGACACACUGACCAAGAAGAAGGAGGGCAGCGGUGGGGGCAGCAGUGAGAGGCAGUCCAAGAAGUUUGGGUUGAAGCUGUUCCGCUUGAGCUUGAAGAAGGACAAAACCAAACAGCUGGCCACCUUUUCAGCACAGUUCCCUCCAGAGGAGUGGCCCUUGAGGGACGAGGACACACCGUCUGCUGCAGCGAUCCCUCGUGAGGUGGAGAUGGAGAUCAUCCGCCGCAUCAACCCAGACCUGACAGUGGAGAAUGUGGCCCGUCACACAGCUGUCAUGAAGCGGCUGGAAGAGGAACGAGCUCAGCGCUGCAAGGCCAGCUCCUCUGCACAGCACAGUGCCCGCAGUCGCCGCAGCCGAGGCCACCGGCGCGUGCCACACGGGAAGUCGCGUUCGCACAGCAAGACGCGGGCUUCUCGGGGAGACCCCUCAGAGGGCUCCAAUCUGGACCUGCCAGCAGUCAGCCUGGAGAGGGACUACCGUUUUUUCAGUCACUCUCUGGUACGCUCGCCAAGAGAGGGAACGUACACAGUGGAACGCAGAAGUGGUGGUGCCUACCUUGUCCACAGCAACCCCAACAUUGCUGAGUCACACUUUCCUGUCACCCCGGAGUGGGAUGUUUCGGGGGAGCUUGCAAAGAGGCGGACAGAGAUGCCUUUCCCUGAGCCUUCACGUGGGACGUCACAUUCUAGAGUGCACCGGAGCCACAGCCACACUCAGGACCGUAAGUCACGCAAUGAGCGGCCCGACAAGGCGAAAGAGCGAUCGCGUUCUAUGGACAACUCCAAGGGCCCGCUGGGAGGUGGGAGCUCCACGCUUGGCACGGCUGAGGAUUACGACCGCAGUCCUGAUGACAGAAGCCGCUACUAUACCGAUGAUGGGACGCUGAGGGCCUCCUCUCAGAAGGCCCCGCACUACUCGUGCAUCAUGUUUUCUGCUGCCAAGUUCAGCUCUGAAAUGUCUGUACCCGAUAUGGGCAAAUUGAGUCUGGAUGACUCGAGGCUCUGCAGCCCUCUAGAACGGAACAAGAGCAGGGACAGCCUCCCAGCCUACAGUGACCUGAAGGCCCUGUCGCCGAAGCCUUUGGCUGAUGACUACUUCCAGUGCAAUACAUCGAAUGAAACAAUCCUUACUGCCCCGCUGCCUCUGAGCAAAUCUGACCAUGACACUUUAACCCCAUCUGACGGAAUCCGCAAGGGCUCUCCAGCUGACCGGCAGACACCGCACCUCACCUCUCCUCACCCCUUGGAGUACAAGGAGGACUCCUCCACCAAGGGGCACAAUGGUUCUGGCAAACCCACACCGAGCCAGACUCCUGAGCCUAUGCCCAAUGGACGUUUGAUACAGCACCAACACAACACUGACCCAGGGGGCGGGGGAGGUGGCGGUAGCACUAGUGGCGGGGUGGACAAGAGGAAAGAGAUUUUUAGUAAGGACACUUUGUUCAAACCGCCACACAAUGUUUUGACUGUGAGCUAUGUGGACAGUGGCUACUCAAAGUCAGGCACUUUGCGUAAGACUCCGCACAUGAAAUCAUCCGAGGUCCUUGACACUCUAGAGACCCAACAGCCACCUAACUCCACCCCUUUGUCUGCUUCUGCCCCUGCACCUACAGGCACAGAACAGGGUGCUCCCUCCACAUCUGAAGCUGCUUUUGACUAUUACAACGUGUCAGAUGAUGACGAUGAGGAGGAGGCAGAGGAGGCCUCCCAUAAAGAGGCCGCCCCGACAGAAGCAAAGGGGCGGGCAGGGGCCGGAGACGGUGGUGGAGGCGGUGGGACCAUGCAGUGGUUGCUAGAACGGGAGAAAGAGCGGGAUUUACAGCGGAAGUUUGAGAACAACUUAACUCUGCUUAGCCCUAAGGAAAGCGAGAAUAAUAACAGCCAGAAGUCGGCUCACUCGGCCCGGCUGGACAGCAUGGACAGCAGUAGUGUGACUGUAGACAGUGGGUUUAACUCCCCUCGCACACGGGAAAGCCUGGCGUCCAACACCUCGAGCAUUGUGGAGAGUAACCGGCGACAGAAUCCGGCUCUAAGUCCAGGCCACAUGGGUACCACCAGCAUCGGCCCCCCAUUCAGCUUCCGUGCAAUCCCAGAGCCCCCUACCACGCAACCUGAGAAACUGCAGAAAUCCCCCAACUGCCUUGCCUCCAUCACCAGCGUCUGACAUGGGCCCAUCUGGGUUGACGUAGGGUCAGGGUGAUCUGCAAUGUUGGGGUGCCUAAGUGCAGGAGGUUGGGUGAAUCCCUCCAUCAAGCACCUCGACUACAUGGGGACUGUUAAACCCACAGGCAUGGCUUCCAGAGACUGUUCCCACAGCAUAAAUGGUCACUGCAAAAAAAUAAAUAAAUAAAUAAAAGAGAAAAAAAGGGAAAAACACGGAAAAGGAAAUUUCUCAUCAUAGGAUUUACCUUAAGCAAUUAAUCAGGAAAUUCUUCAGUCGGAUUCAACCGUUAUUUUCAAAAUAGGCUUGAAGUAACUGGUAAUUUAACAAUGUUUUGUUUUCAAGAGUAUUUUUGUCAGUCACAGAUUAGAGAUCAUCCAGCCAAUGGAUUAAGUUUGCACGCAUUAAGAAAUAGAUGCUGAUGUGCAGGUCAAAGGUAUUACAGAUUUGUGAUAUUGGUAUGCAGUACAAGUUAAAAAUGAGGCAUAAAAGCUCUAAUCUGAGCAACAUUUAAUUCAUGGUUCAUAAAGUUGUAUAAUAUUCCUAAAAAUAAAUACAUUUGUCAUGACACUGUUAGCUACAUUGGUGACACAAUAAGAAUCAUACUCACAUGCUUAAUAAAACAAUACAUAGACUGAAUUAGUGGAAAAAAUGAUCUCGUCUGAAAUUAAAGUUUUUUUUUUUUUUUUUGGAAAAGGACUAUUGUUUUUUUUUUUUUUUUUUUUUUUACUACCCAAACUUAUUGUGCAUACAAUUACUUUGUAUGCACCUUUAAACUACGUAAUGGAUUUACCUGUUUCAUUAAAGUUCAUAUUUAAUCUCAGGUCAUGAAUAGUUAACUCUCCUAAGAAGAGGUAAAACAUCAGUCAGUCUGUAAUCAUGUUUCUGUGGAUCGUUUCACCAAUCUUUGUUUCUUAAGGGAAUAAAACACUCUCUGUAGACAAGAAAAUCUAAAUGAUUUCAAUUGCAUUUCGUCUCAGUUUAAUUCAGAUGUACAUUAUUUUUAUUGUUAUUCCCUUUUGAAAUAAAAACAGGUGUGUGUUUUACGCCGGUGUGAAUCUGAUACCUAGUCUCAUGAACCAGGACACUUGUGGAUGUCAUUGUUGGUUUGGAAACAUGCUUGUCUUCUGUGUAGCUUGAUGGCUUUAUGUGUUGUCACGAAAGAAGGAGGAUGUUGGGAAUCGCAAUGGCGGGAACACGGGUGUUGCGUCCAAAACACUCCAAGGAAAGGUCAUACAGUUCUCUUCCUUUGGGCCAGCAGGAUUCAGAGACUAGGCCCUUUUGCUGCUCUGAUAAAACCUUUAUUUUUUAAGAUUUUCUUACUUGAGUUGAACCCAGACCACUAUGGUGUUUUAUGUUUGACCUUUUUUUUGUUUGUUUUGUUGUUUUCCUUCAAAUCAUGUCCCUGACCUCAAUGGAAAAUAUGGUUGACAGAUGAUAUGGCUAAAAAUUCUGCCCCAGCCAACACAUGAUAUGUAUAUUCACAAUCUUCUCAAUCUUUUCAUGAUUUCAAUAAAUGCUUCUUUUAGGUUGAAACAACUCAUUCGAUGAAAGUAUGUACAAAUAAUUUGCUUCGCUGUUACUUAUCAUUCCUUUCAAAUGUCACAGUUGAAUAGAUUACAUCAGGUUUUGACCUGCCGUGUGGAAUAUACAAUAAGUCUCAGAUCCAUGAGCAAAGGCUCAUUUCAAAGAUUAAAUUAAACAUUAAAAUACUUGCUUUGAACAUUUGGACUAUGGCUUUAACUGUUUGGCGUGCCAUCUCAAGAAUGCUCCAGAAUUAAUGGUCGUGUCCCUUCUGGCAGUGACUGGGUGAGAUUUGGGAAAGAGAGCAGAGCUCAUGUCGCAUCCAUUGGUGCUAUUAUGUGGUGAUCCUCCCUUUUUAUCUUUUAUUUCUUUCUUUGCCCAUACCCUCCACAGUUUUGUUGCUUUAUGAUGAGUGUUCAGGUGGAUAUCCUCCAGUGGGACUUAUUGUGUUUGAAUCACUUUCAGCUCACUGCCUCUCGCUCGACUAUUAUCCACACAUACACACACCUGCAAUCAGCCAUGCAAACUACCCUAAACCCCACAUACAUGCACAUAACUAGCUACCUCCACCACCUGUGUAACAACAAGGUAGGGACGUGUACAGAUUUGGAUUCUUUGCCUGUGGAACACAGCGCUAUCAGCCUCUUCUCUGUGAAUGUUGACAAGGAGCGGCGGACAUUGUAACUAAGAGGACUUAUUCUAAAGUAAUCAGUAUUAAGUGCUGUAGUUUCAACUCGAUUUUUCUCAGUUUUUGACAGAAGUGUCUUUUACUUAUUUGCAAGUUGUGUAUAAAUCUGUCUAGCACCACAUCAACAGAACAUUUCCAAUUUUAUGUUUUCCCUCCAAAUUUGUGUAAGAAGCCAUUUUCAGUUCUCUGCUGUUCCCUUCACACAAAUAUUUGUUUAUCUCCUUCGUUAUUUCAAGCCCAAUACCUCUAGUUCGUUAAAAAUGCAUCUAGAUGGAAAUCAAGGGACUACAUUCUAUAUUAUAAAUAAGCACCUCAACAGAUAUUUUAAAUCAAAAACAGUUUACCUGCCUUCUGCUUUUUUGGCAAUACUGAUUACAAUAGUAUUGUUUUCAGUUUCCCACCUUGUAUUUGAGAGGUCAGUGGUUAGGGUCCAAACAGCCUCUUAGACCCUGUAGUUGGAGGUGGGAUGAAGAUUGUGGAAAGAUACGAGCCUCAUAUAUUAAAUGGUAAUUUUAUAUCAUUGCUAGACAUCAUAGAUGUACAUCAGAGAGCAACAUUAGACAGAGCAGGCACCUCAUAACGUCUGCUCUAUAAAUAGAUACUUUCUCAAAUCAUUGCAACAGAGCUUUACUUAAAACAACGAUUUAAGUUCAGAAGUAUAUUUCAGUUCAGUGAUGACUACACCUCUGCAGAACGUAAUCACUUUUGAAUGUUUUUUUUUUUUUUUUUUUUGGACAUUAAUACAAACACAUGGCCUCCUUUACUUACCAAGGCUCUGUCAGAGGUUGCAUUUUGGAUAUCUGUCACAUUUUGUGAAAUUUAGUUUUAAUUUGAGCCCCCUCCUUCAUCUGGUAAUCAUUUUAUUAUUUUUUAUUUUCUUCCGUUUAGUUUUUGAUAGAUAAAAGGGAGUAAUGCAGCCAAGACUGCCUUGUAAAAAAAACAUGUUUGCACUGAAAUGCCUGGCCUCUGGUUGCUGUUAAGUCCAUCCAAGACGGAUGCUUUGUUUAUAUUGUAAAAUAUUUCAUAUGAAAUAAGAAUGACCAUGAAAUGUCUUCCCUUAACAUUAUGGAUUUUAGAACCACGUCAGACAACAUUGUUUCUAAAUGGUGACAGUGUACAGUAUCAUACUGUAAAUGAAAUCAAUCUGCCAUGCUUAGUAUAACUUCAAAACAAAACUGAAAGAUAUGAGGGAUCUUUUUGUAAUGUCUAUAAUAUUUGAAAAGAAGUCCCUAUUUGUGUAGUAAUGGUGUUUCAUCGUUGUGGUAGUGUAUGUGAUAAACCCAGUUGGGAGAUUGUGUUACUUUUUCAGACAAUAAAAUAA